AAAAAAUAAUGUGAUCGUCCAUGUGUGCGCAAUCACAAAUUCACAAGGCAGAGACCUGAUUAGGGUUCAUUAACUUUCCAAAGAAUCGUUCUUUGUCGUCCAUGAAGUCUGUCAGCGAUAAUAAUACAAUGAUCAGUAAUCAAUGUAUCACCCCUCAAUCCUUUUCAUCCCCAAAAGGUCAAUUCUUGAUACUGUGAGAGUUAUUUCAGCAAUUUCACACAGGAAUUUUGCGAUGGAUUUUGAGGUUGAUGGAAAUGUUGAUGGUGAGGUGCUGGGUAUUUCAGCUGAUAUGGGUAGUAGUAGGAACGAUGAAGACAAUGACUUGGCUGCGGUUAGCUCUUUCGAAGGUUCUUACCAACAUGAUGAUGACGAUGAGUUUAACCAAGGCCUUUCCGGCAGGGAAUUGGCUUUGCUUGAUGAACAGCCCAAAGCUUUAAAUGUUUCACGUCCUGAUGAUGAACCUUUUUUGGGACAGGAAUUUGAAUCUGAAACUGAAGCUCAUUCAUUCUAUAAUGCGUAUGCCACACGAAUUGGCUUUGUCACCCGAGUGAGCAAACUGUCACGGUCAAGACGUGAUGGUUCUGCUAUUGGCAGGGCUCUUGUUUGCAACAAAGAGGGAUUCAGAAUACCAGAUAAGCGUGAAAAGAUUGUAAGACAAAGGGCUGAAACAAGAGUUGGAUGUCUGUCCAUGAUUUUGGUUAGAAAAGUGAGUUCUGGGAAAUGGGUUGUUACGAAGUUUGUGAAGGAACAUACUCAUCCUCUCACUCCUGGGAAAGGUCGCCGAGACUUAAUCUGUGACCAAUACCCGAAUGAGCAUGAUAAAAUAAGGGAGCUAUCCCAACAGCUGGCUAUUGAGAAAAAGAGAUCUGCAGCCUAUAAAAGGCAUUUGGAGAUGUUGUUUGAGCACAUUGAGGAGCAUAACCUGAGUUUGUCUCAGAGAAUCGAUUGCAUAGUAGACAAUGUAAAAGAGAUGGAAUCUCGGGAAGAGAAGAGACAUAGACAGAGUUGAAUUUAGAUCAUUGUAUAAGUUUCUUUUCUCUGAUUAUUUAACAAGAUCGAUCAUAAACAACACAUGGAAUUUGGUUGGUCAAUUGUUUUUUAUUCGCGUUUGAUGCUGAUUUGUAGAGCUUCUAUGCCAUAUUUUUUAGCCUGAAAAUGUUCAGUAGUUACAUAUUUUACAUUCUAAUAAUUUGUAGUUUUAUUUGUUGUUUAUUGCAGUAAA